CAUGACUGAGUGAAAACUGGGAGUUUAUAUGGAGCUGGCUGCUGAUUUGGAACAGGUGCAGGUGAUUUGGAGUCAGGAGAGUGACUGCAGGUGUGUGGUGAAGAGGUUUCUGGGAAAUGUAGUGCACAUCUAUACGGUGACCGUUACAAAUAUGGCAUUUUCUUCAUGUACUGUCUUCACUGUGUCUGAAUACAAUUUCAGCCAUUUGACCUUCAUGUGUCAUGAAAAAUGCUGCUUGUACUCUUGUCGUUUCUGUUUGUUUACUAUUAGUUAUGUCUUGUUUGUUCUGAGGAACACCAAAGGAAGAGAUUUCCCGACAUCCACAGAGAAAUACAAUUUUCCCAGUAAAGAGGAACAUUGAGAGAGACAACUGCUGUGUUAAUUCCAGGGGGUUAAGAGGGUCAGAAAGCAGCAGAGCCGGGGGUCAUCGCUGUCCUGAGAAAACACGCAAAGAAUCAAUGCGGAGGUGGACUGAAAACAUAAGCUGAGAGGUCAUCUGGCUUUAUUUUGACGAAAGCAAUAUGGCUCUGAAGUUCCUGUUCUUUAAGGAAGUGGCAAACAGUGUUCUUCUGUAGAGCUUCAAGAAAGAACUACGAUAACGGACUGUCUCAUGUCUGGGCAUCAUGGACCAGAACACAACGAAUUCAACUGAAGGACCUUGUGGCUUGUCUGAAAUGCCAGCUCGUACAUUCUUCAUAUCUGUUUACUCUCUGGUUUUUCUGGCUAGCCUAGCACUCAACAGCAUUGCAAUAUAUGUGUAUUUUUGUAAAUCUACAAGCCAGUCCAGCAUCACAAUCUAUCUCAAGAAUCUGGUUAUAGCAGACUUUUUUGUCUGCCUGUGUUUGAUAUUACGCAUUGUCAAAUACGCAAGCACUUCAGUGGAAAUACAGCGUAUCUACUGUAUCUUUGGUGCUCCUGCUUCCUACCUCAACAUGUACUCCAGUAUUCUCUUCAUGGGCUACAUUGCCGCAAACAGGUACAUGAGGAUUGUACGGCCACUGGAGACUCGCAUGCUGCAAACAGUCCGCUCAACCCGCUACAUCUGCAUAGUGACCUGGACUUUCCUGUUGUGCUUUAAUGUUGUCUACAUUGCUGUUUUUUUCGGUUCUGUAUUUUUGUCUGUGCUGGUAUCCCUGAUUCUGUUUUAUUGGGGGAACGUACAGAGGCUUCGACAAGCUCAGCGCACAAUGCCGGAAAAUCCUGGGGACACAAAGCUCAGCAAGUCAAAACGCAACAUGCGAGUUCUGGUGGCGGUUUUCUGCGUGUGCUUUGUGCCCUAUCAUAUGGUGAGACUGCCGCAUGUGUUCAUCAGUCCCCUUCUGCAUGACUGUACAACAGCUCAGGCCUUCUACAUCAUUAAGGAGCUGACCGUCCUGCUUGCAGUACUAAAUGCCUGCUUGGAUCCACUUAUUUACUUUUUCUUUUGCAAGACUUUCAGGGCCCGGCUAAACCUUCAAAGAUUUCAACAAAGAAACCAGUAAAUUGAGUUAAAGGUGUAAUGUUUGAUUUCUGCAUCAGUAACGGCACAAACGAAACUGCAAAAAUUCACAUCCAGCCAACAUUUUAUGAUGGGGCCAAUGUAGGCAAGAUAUGGUUGUGAAAUAUUGGGUUUGUCAUGGAUCCCAUGUCACCCCUAUCAGAGUUAACCCCAGUAUGGGCACCAAAUGGGUUUGUCCAUGGGUCCCAUGUCAACUCUAUCUGAGUUAUGCCUACAUUAUGGGCCCCAAAUGGGUUUGUCAUGGGUCCCAUGUCAUCCCUAUCUGAGUUAUGCCUACAGUAUGGGCCCCAAAUGGGUUUGUCCAUGGGUCCCAUGUCACCCCAUCUGAGUUAACCCCAGUAUGGGCCCCAAAUGGGUUUGUCCAUGGGUCCCAUGUCACCCCUCUCUGAGUUAACCCCACUCUGGGACUUAAAUGGGUUUGUCAUGGGUCCCAUGUCAUCCCUAUCUGAGUUAUGCCUACAGUAUGGGCCCCAAAUGGGUUUGUCCAUGGGUCCCAUUUCACCCCUCUGAGUUAACCCCAGUAUGUGCCCCAAAUGGGUUUGGCAUGAAUCCCAUGUCACCCCUAUCUGAGUUAACCCCAGUAUGGGCACCAAAUGGAUUUGUCCAUGGGUCCCAUGUCACCUCUAUCUGAGUUAACCCCAGUUUGGGCCCCAAAUGGGUUUGUCCAUGGGUCCCGUGUCACCCCUCUCUGAGUUAACCCCACUAUGGGACCUAAAUGGGUUUGUCGUGGGUCCCAUGUCACCCCUAUAUGAGUUAUGCCUACACUAUGGGCCCCAAAUGGGUUUGUCCAUGGAUCCAAUGUCACCCCUCGCUGAGUUAACCCCACUAUGGGACCUAAAUGGGUUUGUCAUGGGUCCCAUGUCACCCCUAUCUGAGUUAUGCCUACAGUAUGGGCCCCAAAUAGGUUUGUCAUGGGUCCCAUGUCACUCCUAUCUGAGUUAUGCCUACAGUAUGGGCCCCAAAUGGGUUUGUCCAUGGGUCCCAUUUCACCCCUCUCUGAGUUAACCCCAGUAUGUGCCCCAAAUGAGUUUGGCAUGGAUCCCAUGUCACCCCUAUCUGAGUUAACCCCAGUAUGGGCACCAAAUGGGUUUGUCCAUGGGUCCCAUGUCACCCCUCUCUGAGUUAACCCCACUAUGGGACCUAAAUGGGUUUGUCAUGGGUCCCAUGUCACCUCCAUCUGAGUUAUGCCUACUGUAUGGGUCCCAAAUAGGUUUGUCCAUGGGUCCCAUGUCACCCCUCUCUGAGUUAACCCCGGUAUGUGCCCCAAAUGAACUCCACAAGUUUGUGUAAAAACUAAUCAUCAUGUUCUCCAGUAUCAUUUGAGAAUGUUCAUAUCUUGUGCUUCAAUGAAAGAAAUAACAUCUGACUGUCUGUACAAAGGAGUUCACUUGAUCAAUUUUAUUUGUUUAAUUAGUGACGUAGAAGCAGUGCAGAAAUAUUUCUUU